AUGUCUGGACUUAGCAACCUCAAGCUUUAUUAUUUUACUCAAGUUAAGGGGAAAACUACCUUGGGUCGUGGUGAAUACGUUCGCUUAUUGCUCGAAGAUGCUGGUGUAGACUUUGAAUAUGACAGAUGCACUUUUGAAGAAUGGGGAAUACAAAAGGAAAAACUGAUAGCUCAAGGCAUUCACAAGCCCACCUUGCCUUACAUUACCAUUGAUGGCAAGGACGAAGACGAAGCACAAUUGGUAGAUGCCUAUGCUGAUACUGUGACAGAUGAUAUCACUCGUUGGGCAGCAGCUAAUUUCAGAGGAAUUGAACAGCUAACUCAAAAAUACAAUGAAGUCGACCGUCCUCAAGCAUUCGAGACCUAUGAACGAAUCUUGGGCAGCAAGCCAGGACCCUAUUUGCUUGGUGAAGAAGUGUCUUAUGCUGACUUCUUCCUCUACCACUACUUGGAAGACGAUGCUUCUGCUUUUGAAGCUUCAGACUUCAAAUCCACUCACCCUCACUUGGCUGCCUUUAUUGAGGCUAUCCAGAAUAGACCUAACCUCAAGAAAUAUCUUGCUACUGAUAGAAAAUAG